AUGUGCACCAAGCCAUUUGGAUGCAGUUCGUAUCUUGACCCGCUUUGGGUUCUUGACCCUUUACCGGGAUUCUACCGUUCAGGAUCCUCGAGCUCCAGGAUUGGGACAUCCGCACAGACAACACGAACUGCUUGGAGUUUUACCCGCGAGGAGCGGUUGGGACGGCUGUGCCGCGAGCUUCGCAACCUGGGCCUGGAUCUCACUCAAGACCUACCCAGUCAGGUGCCAGGUUCGUGGGAUCUGGCACAAGCUUUUCUGGAGCCAGAAGAUGAUGAGGAGCUGGGCCGGGCGAUGGUGCCAGGGGCUGCGCGAAGCGUGGCGGGAAAACUUGCCGAGGAGUGGCAGCGUGGCCGGGCAGACGCAGCAGCGGAACUUCGGAACUGGGACCGCACCGAGCAGGAGAUUGCCCGCAAAGAAGGAGACCGGCGGCCCCUCACGGUGCUCUUGUCCGAUCUCUCGCCGCAAGAGGUGGGCUGCUUGCUGCGGACGUGUGAAGCUGCAGGUGUUCCAGAGGUCGUCCUGUGUGAUGAUACGCCUGGACCGCCUGACCCGGCGGUCCUGAAAACAUCUCUGCAGGCAGAGGACUUUCUCCGCAUCCGGCGAGUUGCAGGCCCUGCGGAAGAGCUGCGGCGACUUGCUUCGGCUGGGAUGCAGGUCUGGACCUUGAACUCGGACUCGGACUCGGACAGACUGGGCAUGAUGGGCUCAGCGAAGCAGGAAGCUGAUUUGUUCGAUCACUUUGUGCCGUGCCCGCCUGUGGCGCUUGGCUUGGGAUGUCGGAUUGCUGGCUUCCCGCGAAUCCGAGUACCUGGGCGACAGGCUGCCGGGCCAGAUGUUCAUCUGAGCAUUGGUGUGAUCGGGAGCGUGGUCAUCUACGAUCUGAUUCGCCGUUUGCGCAAGAUCCCCAAAAUUGGCAAGAUUGUUGACAUCUUGAUAUUGGCAAUUUUUCCGCUGCCGCCGACCGCGUUCGGGGUGCUGCCCACCGUCACUGGUCCCUCUUGGGCCUUCCACAACUUGAACUACUCUUGUUUGAGCAUGUGUCAAGAUGGCUUGGUCUUGGCUCGAGCACGUAUGGAGGGCGCUGCGAAGUAA